UACUAAUCAAAUACAGGCGGAGGUACAGAAGUUGUUUAGCGGUGGACGAGAUGGGUGAAACCUCUUCGGUUGAGAAUGAAUUUGAUGACUGGUUUAUCGAGUCUUUGAAAAUAUACAAUAAUAUUCACGAGUAUCAACUUGAACAUCCUACAAGAGUAAUUGAAUGGACAUCAGAAAAAACUAUAUGUGUUGCAGGUUACAGUUCAGAUAAAAAUGAGAUUUUAGAGCUGCUUUUGCCACUGAAACUUUUCACAGAUGAUAAUCAGGGUCUUUGUGCAGAACGAGAUUUCAAAGUGGUCCAUGGAGGUUUCUCAGAUGGCUCCAUUCAUUGCCUCAAACACAUUCCAGGAACAAGGUGUGUCGUUACCAAUGAUGGCUUCAACUCCAAUCUCCAGGUGUGGGACUUAGGAGGAGACGAUUGUGAUGUCAUAAAGAGGACAGGAGUUUUACAACUGAAGAGUGCAUCAUCAGAUAAAGGUGUCAAAAUAGCCCCUGGGUUAACUGGAGGCCCAUGUGUUCUUCAUGGCUCUCAGAUCAGCGACAUUCAACUGACUGAACUGACGUCAGGGAAGCCACUCUACUCUAUGGGGAAAGACAUUCCAGAUUUACUAAGCUCCCUGCAAUUUGUGAGUGGCAGUGUAUUUCUCGCUUGUGCCUGCAAUGGUGACCUGUAUGUGGGGGACACACGGAAUCCUGCGGGUCUUCAGAAUAACCCAGCUGGAGGGAGAAAGGGAGUCCACUGGUGUAUGGGUGUUAAAACAGACCUGUCCUCAUCAGAUCCAUCCUCCUGUAGUGUAGCAAGGCUCUCCUCUGCCUGCCAAGUGGUUGUGUCUGAUCUAAGGGACCUAAGAGCCCCCUUGUGUCAAGCCCAGCUUCAUGUCCAGAGGAAAACUACCAGUGAUGACUUCAUGAAGGUGACAUGGGCGCCCGCUUUAGACAACUGUCUUGCUGUGUCCGGUUUUGAUGGAAUGGUGCAAAUCUAUGACACUGCCUCUUGGAGACCAGAGUUGAUGGAAUUCCAGCCUCUUUUUAUCCACCGAGGUCACAUGAUGUCCGAUGAUCAGUUUGACACUUCAUCAGCUGUGGUCACCACUCAUGUUUGGCAUCCAAGUCGACCCAGGACUGUCCUCUCUGCUGCUGUAGACGGGUCUGUGCAUGUAUGGGACUGGGUCGACAAAGCCACUGCCAGCUGUUGACAUUCAAACACACUUAUAGCUCAAUGUUAAUCAUUAUGCAGCGUUGAACCUUGCCUGAAGUCGACAUGUCCUUUUCAUUAUGUAAGGAAUAUGUAAAGCACUAUUUGUGAUAAGAUGCCACUUGUUUGUUUUCCCAUUCUUAUGAGUAGUUGUUAUUCCCAUACUGUACACACAUUUGCAUGGAAGCGGUAUUCUGGGUUUGUACUAUUAUAUAUUGUAAGAGAUAUUUCACUAUAACAUUUUCAUUAAACGGAUCUCUUCAUGUACCUGCUAAA